AUGCCACCAACAAAACAAGAAAUCUCCCUCCUAAUCAACCCCCUCGUCCCCGAAUCCGUCCAACACAACAACCGCGUCCUCUCAAACCUCCACUCCCUAACCUCCUUCCUCCUCGGCCUCUCCGCGGGCAUCCUCGCUCUCCAAUCCUCCACCGGCUUCGCAUUCUACUUCCUCGGCACGAUCAUCGUCUCCGGCUUCUUCCACGUUCUCCUUCUGUAUCGAUCUGGUGGAAAGGGCGCUGGGUUGUUUUUCCCGGGUGCUGGGGGUGGGGAGAUUGAGGAUAUUAGGAUGGAUGGGAGGAUAGGGAAGACGCAGGGACAGGGGAAGGUGUUGAGGAAGGGGGCUUGGAGGGAUGUUUGGUUUGGGGGUGGGGUGCUUGGGGAGGCGCUUUCGGGGUUUAUUUUAGGGUGGACGGGUUUGGGGGGUGUUCUUAGGUGA